AAAGCGGCCAUUGUGGAAGCUUGCAUCUUCUUGUUAUUGAUGUUUAUACCAAAGUUCCGAUUAGCGUCACCCGGCCUUAUUUUAUUUUAAUAUUUGGUGUUGAUUUUACAAAAUGUUAGCUUUUGGACCCAAGAAGGAUGGUGGUCCAAACAUCAAGUUUUACGAAUCUCCAGAGACUGUCGCUGCAUUUGACGGGAUUCGAUCAUGGUUGCAGAAAAACUACAAGAAGUACACCCAAAAUGACCCGCCAACCAAUAAAUCUCUAUCAACCCUUGUAACGCAGUUAAUUCAGUUCCAAGAAGACAAUCUGGGAAAAGAUGUCACCAAACCAUCUCUCACCCGACUUCCUAUGCGUUUGUUUUUGGAUUUUAAGCCUGGAGGAGCUUUAUCUCACAUUCUGGCAACUGUUUAUAAAUUCAAGAGUGACCAGGGUUGGCGAAGGUUUGAUUUUCAGAAUCCAUCAAAACAGGAACGGAAUCUUGAAAUGUUCACAAAAGUUGAGAAAGCGCUAAUCGAUAACAAAUUCCUCAGCUUGCCCAACGUCUUCAUAAAACCAGAAGUUGACAAACCCAUUCAGUCUAGAGUGAAGGAAAUAAUCAAGAAGCAUCAGGGAACAAUAACUGAAAAUGAAGAGGAGGCUAGUCAUAUAAUUUUCCCGGUCACUGAUCCACUAGAUGAAGAGUAUGCUCGUCCAACAGUGAAACGAGAUCGAAUGGUCCUUAUGCAUUGGUAUUAUUUCCCAGACUCUCAUGAUUCUUGGUUACCAGCAUCUGAUCUCCCAAUUGACGCACCAGAAACUCCACCGUCUCACACAGGAGUUUGGAGGGUUUCUGCAUCAUGGGUGUUGGAUUUGGAUCAGUAUAACGAGUGGAUGGCUGAAGAAGAUUAUGAAGUGGAUGAAAACGGCAAGAAGAAAGUCCAUCGGUUACGAUUAUCAGUAGAAGACCUGAUGGGCGGAGGAGGAGACCCUGACAAAGCAAAGAAGAAACACAAAAGGAAAAGAUCUCCAUCACCACCACCCAAGCAACUGGGGAAAAGGAAAAGUUCUAGCAAAAAACCCAGAGGGGAUGAAGAUGGCGAUGAUUUGACAAAAGAUAUGCCUGAGCCAACUCCAGAGCCAAACAUAGCUGAAGUCUCUGUUCCUAAACAAGGUGUGUCAUCUAAAAAGGACAGUGACUCGCAGCCUUUGAAAACAGGAACUCUAGCUGAUCUGGAUGAAGAUAUGGAUAAAGGAGAAGACAGUGAAAUGGGCAAAAUGUCUGAUACUACUACUCAGGAUACAACUGUAAAGGAUGAAGGGCAAGAAGAUAAUGUCACUGAACAGACACACCACAUAAUUAUUCCAAGCUAUUCUGCAUGGUUUGAUUACAACUCAAUUCACUCAAUUGAGAAGAGAGCUCUGCCCGAAUUUUUCAAUGGGAAGAACAAAUCAAAAACUCCUGAAAUCUAUCUAGCAUACAGAAACUUUAUGAUUGACACUUACCGCCUCAAUCCUACCGAGUACAUAACUAGCACUGCAUCAAGAAGAAAUUUAGCUGGUGAUGUUUGCUCAAUCAUGAGAGUUCAUGCAUUUUUAGAGCAAUGGGGACUCAUCAACUAUCAAGUGGAUGCUGAAAGCCGUCCAACACCAAUGGGUCCUCCUCCAACCUCUCACUUCCACGUUCUCUCAGAUACACCCUCAGGUCUUCAGCCAGUCAACCCUCCGAAAACACCGCAGCCUUCUGCUGCUAAAACGUUACUUGACCUAGAGAAGAAACCAGAAGCAACGCCCAUCUCCAAACUUGAAACAGAUCCCAACUUUGGACUCAGAGUAGAUCAGUAUGUAAGGAAACCUGGGGUCAUGAAGAAUAAAACUGCGGCCAGUCUUACGAGAGAGUGGACAGAGCAAGAAACACUGCUUUUGCUUGAAGCACUCGAGCUUUACAAGGAUGACUGGAACAAAGUCUGCGAACAUGUAGGAACAAGAACUCAAGACGAGUGCAUUCUGCAUUUCCUACGACUCCCAAUCGAGGAUCCCUACCUCGAAGACCCUGAAGCCGGUGGGGGCGCCCUUGGACCGUUAGCUUAUCAACCCAUCCCAUUUAGUAAAGCUGGAAACCCCAUUAUGUCCACCGUAGCUUUUCUAGCCUCUGUUGUUGAUCCUCGAGUCGCCUCUGCAGCCGCCAAAGCUGCGAUGGAAGAAUUUGCGAACAUAAAGGAUGAAGUCCCUGCUGCUCUGAUGGAUGCCCACAUUAAAAAUGUUGAAGCUUCAACUCGAGAUGGGAAAUUCGAUCCGGCUGCUGGUCUCGUUCAGAGUGGCAUAGCUGGAACUGCCCCAGAAAAGGAAGAAGAAGAGGACAAGGAGAAGAAGGAAGCAAAAGAAAAAGAAACAAAUGGAGAAAAGGAACCAGAAAAACCUGCAGCUGAUGGGGAAGUGAAAGAAAUCAAAAAGGAAGAAGAAGAAAAGAAAGAAGCCUCGACAGGAGAGGGAGUCGCAGAAACAGAUGGAAACAAAGAUGUUGAGAUGAAAGAUGCCUCUGACAAGAAGGAAACAUCCAAAGAAGAGACAGAGCAGGACAGAGUUAUCAAAGAUGCACAGUUACAAUCGGCUGCAUCAGCAGCACUCGCUGCUGCAGCUGUGAAAGCUAAACACCUAGCAGCUGUUGAAGAACGGAAGAUUAAAUCUUUGGUAGCUUUACUCGUAGAAACGCAAAUGAAAAAGUUAGAAAUUAAGUUAAGGCACUUUGAAGAGCUUGAGACUACAAUGGAGCGAGAAAGAGAAGGUCUGGAGUAUCAGCGUCAACAAUUGAUUACGGAAAGGCAACAGUUUCAUUUAGAGCAGUUGAAAGCAGCGGAAUUCCGUGCAAGGCAGCAGGCUCAUCAACGCCUUGCAGCUGAACAGCAGCAACAAACACCAUCAACAACCCCGACUCCAUUAUCACCUCAGGCUGUUGCUACGCCGCAGCCCCCAGCAACACCUAUGGCCACGUAAAGUGAGCUAGAUUUUAAUGUAAAAUUGGUCAUGGCAUAGCUUCUCCAGUCGAUUGUUGGUUGUACUUAGCUUGACGAUGAACCAAUGCAAAAAUUUCAUUUUCAAAAGCAUACCUCACAACAGGGAAUAAAAAAAUAAACAAUGCAGCAAAUAAGCAGGUAGAAACAAACUUUGGGAUCCACUAUCUGCAAGUUUUGUAUUUUUUUUAGUUGUAGCCACAUGUCUGCCGGAAAAAUUUCUAGAUUUCAAAAUCGGUGAUAUUUUUGGAUGCAAGAGAAGUUACAAUAUUUCCAACUUUAAUAACUAACUCGGUUUACUUUUUCUUUACUCUCCUAUCGCCCAAAAAAUGAGUGCAUACAAGCAAUACAAUUUACUGGGUACCCUGGACAUUUAAAUGUUGCAAAAAUCUGCCAAUUACCAACGUUCCCUCUCCCAGUUAAGCUUUAUCUUUGACGAGCAAUCUCUUUUGAAUUCCUCUAGCCCUCAGUUUCUGAGAUUUGUAUCUCAAGACUCGUUGAAUUGGCAAUAUUUGUCAGAUGUAUAUCCCUAUACCUUUUUUCCCUUCCAAAAAAGUUAUUCUUUUGUACAUUAUUCCUUUCUGUGUACAGAUAUUAUGUUUGUUUUUGAGUUCAAUAAAUGUGCAAAAAUGACGGCUAACAUUGUGUCAAUCAAGGCCGGCAUCUUUGGUGAUUUUUUUUCUAUUUUUCCUAUGCUAAACAAAAACUCUGAUGAAAUGAGGAUGUUUCAUUAUUUUUUUGGUUCAACAGCGUUACAUCCUAUGUAUCUGCAAACAGAAUAUUAAAACUCUAUCACAAAUGUCACUGUUGCAGCUCAUAGAUCUAGUUUACUUUUUCAAGUCAGAUUUUAAAAUUGAUUUUUUAGUUAUUUGAACUAAUUUAAAUUUUCUGCCGAUUGGCUUUGCAAAAUCUAUUUUAAUUUAUCAAUAGCCCUAAAAAGGUAUGUUUUUGGCUUGUCUAACUCCAUGAAAGCAAUGGUACUUUUAUUUUAUAUUUACUCAAAAAGCUGUAAGCAUCUGUUUUUGAGUUGUGUAACUUAGUCCUUCAUCAACAAUGUGUUAAAUCUGCAUGAAUCUUAGCAAUUAUUGUCCUUGAUAAUAGUACAGCAGUGUCCAUGUAAAUUAUUAAUCAUGAACAUUUUCUCUUUUUUCUGAAGGAUGUAACUAAUGACAGUACUCUUAUUCAUUUUUAUCGUGAAAAAAUGCUACAAUAAUUACAUUUUGUACAUAGAUCUAAAUGUAUUUUUUUCUUAUCAAAAUAAAUGACUUUGUACAUACUCACUCA